AUGCUCGUUAAAAUUUGUAGCACUAAUAUUUUACGAAGGGCGCUUCCUUCUGCUAUUAUGCCAUCGCGUAAAUUUGCACAAGUCGGUUUGGUGAUGUCUACUCCACCGAGGUAUCCCUGUUCCACAAUGGAAAAGAUCAUCCAUAGCAUGUUUAUGAUGUUUAUAUGGUUAGCACCAGUUGGGUACGGCAUGACACAGCUCAAGGUGUGGCGUCGUCAGUACUUGGAGUAA